CUGUUUGUCCGCUUCCUUCAUGGUCUCACUGUGGAGUCCAACCAGAGACUCUUAGAAGAUCUGCUGGGUCAGACAGAGAACAGUCCAGAAACCAUCCAGAGAAUCAUCACCAACCUGAAGAAGAUGAACACUGAUAGAAACUCUACUGACAGAAUCAUCAACAUCUUCUACUGUCUGGUGGAGAUGAACGACGUCUCAUUUUAUCAGGAGAUCCAACGGCUGCUGGAUUCAGGGAAGGAGCUCUCAGAGACUGACUGUUCAGCUCUAGCCUUCAUGCUGCAGAUGUCAGAGGUUCUGGAUGAGUUGGACCUGGAGAAGUACAACACAUCAGAAUCAGGACGACGGAGACUGCUUCCAGCUGUGAGGAACUGCAGAAAGGCUCGACUUGGUGGCUGUUCGCUCCGAAAGGCUGAAUGUGAAGUUUUGGCCUCGGCUCUGAAGUCCAACCCAGAUCUGACUGAACUGGAAAUAAAUGAGAUCAUCAUAGAUGAAGGUGGAGACUCUGAUCUGAAGCCUCUGGUUGAGAUCCUGGAGAGUUCAGUCAGUAAAGUGAAGAAUCUGAGCUUGUGGAAAUGCAGUUUGUCAGAGACCAGCUGGACUUCUCUGUUCUCAGCUCUGGAGUCCAAACCGACCCAUCUGACAAAACUGGACCUGUUCAGAACCAUCCUGGAAGAUUCUGGAGUGAAGGAGCUCUGUGAUUUUCUACAGACUGAAGGCUGCAGACUGGAGACAUUGAGAUUGUUUGACUGCAGGUUGUCAGAGACCAGCUGGACUUCUCUGUUCUCAGCUCUGAAGUCCAACCCGACCCAUCUGACAAAACUGGACCUGAGCUGGACCAACCUGGAAGGUUCUGGACUGAAGGAGCUCUGUGGUUUUCUACAGACUGAAGGCUGCAGACUGGAGAUAUUGAUAUUGAGGGAAUGCAGGUUGUCAAAGAUCAGCUGUGAUUAUUUGAACUAA